UGUAGUUCAAGUCAUGGCGUGUCUCUGCGCAUUCAGCAGAAGCUGUACAGAUCCGUCCUGUAAUUCAUAUCGACUACCAUCCCAGCACGCGCAGCUGAUGGACACAUAUGGCGGAGAGCUAUGACUGAGGAUUUUGAUGAAGAAAUUGUUUUCGAGGCCAGUUUAGCUGCUCUCUCACAUCAAUAAACACACGCCGACCGGUUCCUCUCACUGCAAAUGAGCUUUAGAGCAAAAAGAUCCAAAGUCCGCGACGGGUGGCAGCAGGAUUUGACCGAAUAAGAAUAUGGGAGUUAUAAACCUCUUUAGCAACUCAAAUCCAGUGGCAAUGGUGAGCAGUGGACAUGUGCCUGUGAUUCUGGAUCUCUGCUUGGGAAUCAGGACCUUUGAGAGUGUCGGAUCUACUUCCUCUGUUGAGCAAUGGUGCGUUUGAGAAGAUCCAAGACAAGAGUGAGGGACACGCGAGAGAACUCUCCGCUGUUCCAGUACUUGCAGGAUCUAGGACACACAGAUUUUGAGGCAUGUUCUCAUCUCCCUGCUGAGGCAUGUUCUCCCGUUUCUCAGGAGGAGGAGCCAAGCGCUGGUGGAGAGGAGGCGCAGUUUCCUCAGGAUAUCCUCCCUUCUCACAGAAAGGGUGGUGUUUGGAGGCUGGUUGAGGCUCUGCGCAGUCUGAAUCCUCUGCGUCGGGACAGCGCCACCCACUGGCAGGAGCAGCAGCUGGACGCUGCCUUCCGCCAGUAUUCCCUGCGCUGUCUGUUAUCUCAGGAUGUGCUGUUGCAGGAGGAUGUUGAGCUGAUCGAGCUCUUGGAUCCGAGCGUGCUCUCUCUGGGCUCCACUGAUACCGUCUGCCCCAGUGCCAGCACUUCUGUGCCAGCGCCACGCUACCUCUCGCCACCCUCCAUACGGGAUGUGUCGGUUUUGGUCGGGCUGCUAGCUGUCUUGCUCGGCGUGUGUUUUUCGUACCCUGACCACGAGCAGGCUCUGUGGCUGUGCGUUGUCCUGGUGUGUGUUACGUGUGCGUGUCGUGGUCUGUCUCUGUGGCGUAAGGCCGUUCUACAGCGGCGCGUUCAGUCUCUGGCCGUCCAGCUGGAGGGUUUGGUGAACAACAGCCGAGCGCUGACCAGUCUCUCUCGCAAGUCACUGCGCCUCAUACAGGAGACAGAAGUCAUCUCACGAGGUUUCACCCUGGUGAGUGGCGCCUGUCCCUUUAACAGGGCGGGGCUGCUUCGCAGCCAGCAGCUGAUUGGUCUACGGAAGGCGGCCUAUCAGAGUCUUCGCUGCGCAUUCCGAGCCUCUCGCCUCGCCACAUGCGUCAUGCUCAAGUCAUAUCCUGAUCGAUCUGGGAUUUUGAAUGUGUCAAAUUUUGUGUCCACCGUGCCAAUCAGAGAGCUUGGUCUCGGUCUGGGGGUGGAGCAUCUAUCUGACGAUCAGGCACAAGAACUGACCAGUGAUUACAGUCUGCCUGCACUCAAGAUGUUGUUCCAGUUGUGGGUCGGGCAGAGCUCAGAGUUUUUCCGGCGGUUAGCUCUGUUAUUGUCUCCAGGGAGGGAGGAGCUAGACUCCAGGCCCAGCCCCCUCACGUACAGCAGCGUCCCGUUGAUUACUGACGCUCUCCAUCGCACGCUGGCCGCUUGCCUCGGAGACCUUCAGCGCAGCUUUGAUUUCCAUCGCUACUUUGAAACGCAGCACCAGUCGCUGCCCUCAGAAAGAAAUGGACGUGCUCAGCAAAAGUGUCGAGAGCUCAAUUCUCUGCACACGUCUGUCCGCAGUUUACAACUUCACCUGAAAACACUCUUAAACGAGGUCAUCAUUCUUGAGGAUGAUCUGGAAAAGUUAAUGGUUGCUAAGGAGACAGAGGAGAUGACGUGUGCGGGCUAUCAGGAGCUGAAGGAGCGUCUGCAGCUGCUGAAGCCUCACAUGCAGGCCAGCACCUGCUGCUGGGACGACACACUCGCGCAGGUCGACCGCAUGCUACGCCGAGUCUCCAGCUGUCCAGAGAGUUCAGAUCAGCCAGAGGAAACCGCUGCCCCAGAUCCCCCUCCUCCUGCCCCCUUUACACACAUACAGGACAGAGACCCCAUCCCAGAGGAACAGGAACUGGAGGCAUAUGUCUCGGACUCGGACUCUGAGACGGAGUGGAGAGGGGUCACGGACAUGCUGUCGCCAUGGGAACAGGAGCGCCAGCGACAUGAACGUGAGGAGUCCAGACGUGUUUUACUCGAGCUGAAAUCUGUCCUGGGAAUCCGAACAUCAGAUGGAGAGAGAGACAAGCGCAAGCUUCUGCUGUUCAGUGAUCAAGCCGCGCUGGCUCCAUUUGCUAAGGACACAUCAAAAACGGACACAAACUCUUUAGAACCGCAUAUUUCAGCAGAGUCCAUGCCUACCGUGGAAAACCAUGUCUCCCAACAAGGAGAGGAGGAUGAAUGUGAACCGCAGACUGAGACUCUGAGUGGGGCGGAAAGAGAGCGAGAUUCUGUGACUGAGUUUUGCUGUGGAGAUUCUGAUGUAACUGGGGCAGCUAAAGAUACCAGAGAUGAGACUGCGGAGGAAACACAGCUCUUCCAAUCAGACGGGCUUAUAGACGAGGGGCAUGAUGGGACACACCCGCUCACACCCAGAGUGCCCACCCUCUCUGUGAUUGACAGACUGACAGAACUGCACGGCUCAGAAGCGAUCAGUUUCAGCUCCGCCCUGGCCGCCCAGGUAGCAGCGCGCUCGCAUACGUUCACACACAUGCAGGAAUGCACCUAUGAGGACUCGGAAGAGGAAGUGACAUCACCGCAGACGAGAGAACCUGACGAGGACUGAAACAGCAAGAUAUUUAUUCUCAUCCUUUUGGUUGUAUUUAUUAAGCUUGAUUUCAGGUCACAGACAUCAUUGGAUGUAGCUGGUGUGUGUGAAUCUGUUUUUGGUCUCUGUUUUAAAGUGUGUGUUUGUGUGUUUGGGGGAUUUAUGUUUCAUGUGACAUCCCACGUCCACCCUCUUCAUGACAGGCCUCAGGUACAGACUGGCACAUGCUAGUACACAAAAAUAACAGACCAAAACCUAAACAUUAACACAAAACUACGUGUCCUUGGCCAUGUCCCAGUUUCAUUCACUGUAACACAGGUCCUACACAGAAUAACCAAAACUAGCUCUUGGGUAUGUCCCACAAAGCCCAACAAGACAUAUUUGACCCCAAUUAAAUUAGAGGAAAAAGAAGUCUAUUUUAGCACACUUAAGGUUUUGUGUAUUGUUACAUUAUUUUAAUGACAAGUAAGGACUUUUUUUUUUUUUUCAAAUUAAAGCACAUUCUUUUUACUGCAAUACAAAACAAAUAAAGUUGUUCUUAGUGUAAUGCAAGAAAUACUGUGCAUUUUUUUGUGCCUUUAAAAAAUAUUAUAUAUAUUCAGAAUAUAUUUUGACUUAUGCAUUGCAAAAAUGCGAAACUAUGUGCACCCAUAUAUAUAUAUAUAUAUAUAUAUAUAUAUAUAUAUAUAUAUAUACCCCUCGCUCUCUCUCUAUAGAUAUAUAUAUAUAUGUAUAUGUGUGUGUGUAUAGUAAUGAGGAUGAUGAGAAUUUACGGAAAAUAAUGUGAAGUAAACGGUGCACAAAAUCUUAAUUGUACCAAAAUAGGCUUCCUUUUCUCUAUGAAGAUUUUCAUUUCAAUUUUGGGAUGCAGUAUGACCCACGCAUGCAGUUCACCUCAUUAAUUAUAACACAUUGCAGCUGGUAUGUUGUCCUAAAAAAGACCGCAUCUCUCUGCAGUGAAGCCUCCAUUUUAUAUAAGUUUGUUUUUGGCGAGGUCGUUCUUUAGGGAAAUAAAUAGCUGCCCUGAUUUCACUUCUGUAUCAGACUUUGACUGUUUCUGUUCAGACAGAGCUGUGACCAUCACAGGGUUAUUGUUAAGUAAUUACGAAACCUUAAACAUAUACUUAUUGCCAGUUUUUCAGCUCCUCGGUGUCUCAUGUAGAACACUUAGGUCCUAAUUAAAGUAAAGAAGAAAAAAAAACCUGAUUAGAGGAUUUUCUCAAAUAAUGCUUUCACACAAAACCCAGUUUUAAACCCAAACCCUCUUAACUUUUAACACGGUGGAAAAGGUAGGAAGCUACAGUUUAUCUUGCCUUAAACAAUGUUCCCUUGUGAGGACUGUUGCACUUUACAACUACACUUAAAUCAUUUAAUGAGACUUUGAAUGUUAAUGACAGUGUUGAUGAAACCAGAGAGCAAAAUCCUAGAUAUAACAAUGUUUGUGCGUGAAGUGUAUGAUGUCUUUAUGUCUAACAUCCUUAACUAAUUUCCUCCAUGCAUAUGCAUGACUCCCGAACAAUCGUCUUGGCCAUGGCAGACUGAGUUUAGCCUUUUCUAAAGGUUAAAGUUUUCCUCAGUCCAGAAGUCGCAAUCUUGCCUUUCAUUUGUGAAAUAAAGUAUACGUCCAUA